AUCACACAACAAAUAAAUUGCACUUGUCUUCUUCUUCUUGAUGGCGCUGAGCAUUUUUAUAUUUAAAUGCACACUGAGGUCUUUUGGAUAAUACGGGGUGUUGAUGAUGUCAGUUUUAAGUCCACGGAUGUUCAAGAACUGGCAGGACCAGGACACCUGAGCUGACCCAACGCUAGGCAACAAGGACGCCUCUGCUGGAAAAAAUUGGGGAUUGGCACGGGUUUGCUUCUCACUAUCACAGGAGUGUGCCGCUUUGAAAUUGUGGUGAGAAGUUCCCCAGGUGCAAACUUUGGAAGUGUUUGGAAAAAGAGACGGCACAAUGGAUAACGAUGCUGUGCCGGACUACGAGUACCCAGACUAUGACCCUGUGUCCAAGAAGAUUAACAGAGAAAUAAUUCCUCCAUGUGACCCCACUGCAGAUGACAGGCUCCACCACAUAUGCAUCAGCGCAAUAUCACUUGUCGUCAUGGUGAUCCUUGCAGUCUUAGCCAGACGCACAAAAGCGGCCAGCAAACAGAAAGGACUCCCAAGUUUACUCAGUCCGGUCAACUUCCUGGACCAUACCCAGCACAAGGGCCUGGCAGUGGCUGUGUUUGGAGUGCUCUUGUGUAAACUCUGCAGCAUGGUCAUAUUACCAAACCCUCUGCCCUUCACUACAGAAGCCGAGAACAAACAGAACUGGAUGAUCCUGGGAGUCUUCUUCUACCCCACACUUUACUACCCUCUCCUGGCAUGUGGCACCCUACAUAAUAAAGUCGGCUAUGUACUCGGGAGCCUUUUGUCAUGGACGCACUUUGGUGUCUUGGUUUGGCAGAAAAUCGAUUGCCCCAAAACUCCACAGAUCCAUAAACACUAUUCUCUGUUCUCCAGCCUGCCCCAGAUAGCUUGCUUGGCAUUCCUCAGUUUCCAGUACCCACUUCUUCUUUUCAAGGGCUUGAAGGGCACUGAAAAGAACAAUGUUACUGAGGAUCUAAACAGCAGCUACUACAGCGACUAUGUGAAGAAACUGCUUCAGAAGAAAAAGCACAUGAAAAUCAGCAUAUCAAGCAGAGAGAACCCCAAGCUGCUUCAAAGAAUACAGGAUGGUGUGAAGUCCUACAUUUAUACGCCAGAGGAAGCUUUCAGGUUCCCUCUAAAGUUGGCCAUAUCUGGAGUGGUGUCAUUUAUCACACUUUAUCAGGUGGGCCUGCUGCUAAUCAUGGCCGUGGUGCCUUCACUCCAGAUUGCCCGCAUGGGAGUCGAUGAAGACAUUGCCAACGUUUUAGCCGGCUUCAGGAUCGUGCUCUCUCCAGACAAACACGAAGUGGUCCGAAUAGUGGUCUAUUACAUUUGGUGUGUAGAGGUGUGCUACAUCUCGGCGAUGACCCUGUCAAGUCUUGUCAACUUGGCAAUGUUCAUGAGGUCCAUGGUUCUCCAUCGCUCCAACCUAAAGGGCCUGUACAGGGGAGAUAUUUAUAAUGUUUAUAACUGCCAGAGAAGUAUGCGGGCUUCCCGGCCAGCUCUGGUCUGCUGGAUGGGAUACACCAGCUUCACGGCAGCUCAUGUCUGCAUCGGCAUGAUGGUCCAAACCAUGGUGUUCUUCCUCUGUCUUCUCAUCACUGUCUUCCUCAUUGUCAUGCCCAUCUUGCACGGACAGAACCUCAUCCUUUUUCAGAUCCUCUGGAGCAUGUGGCCUUUCUGGCUGAUGAUUCUUCUGGCUGUGCUGAUUCAGCAUAUCACUUCCAGGUUUUGUUUUAUCAACCGGAUGGCUGGCACACGAGACCUUGACAACAGGGGCAACCUCUUCCUGCUGACCUACCUGCUGUUUCCAGUCAAUGUUCUCAUCGGGGUGCUACUAGGAGUCUGGCGCAUGAUCAUCACAGCCUUGUUCAACAUUGUUCACAUGGGACGCAUGGACAUCAGCCUUCUGAACAGAAACGUGGAGGCAUUUGAUCCAGCCUACCGCUGUUACGCUCAUUAUCUGAAGAUUGAGGUGAGCCAGUCCCACCCUGUGAUGAAGGCUUUCUGCGGGAUGCUGCUAGAGUCUGCAAGCCAAAGGAACAAUGUCGUGCAGCGGUCAAGGGAUGCUGAAGAGGGGAUCCAGCUGGUCCAGCAGGAGAAGAAGCACCUGAAGGUUUCCAGUGCCAAGCGAGCGCGAGGCCACUGGCAGCUCCUCUACACUCUGGCCAACAACCCCUCACUGGUGGGCACCAGGAAGCACUUCCAGCAACGAAGGGCCACCGAGAGCUUUGUGAACGGGAGCCUGAAGGGCAGCACAAAAGAAGGCAACAAGAAGGAGGCCGAGGCGGCCGCCUGCAACUGAACAAUGAAGCCUGGAUAGUGAUGAAUGUUAAUGAAUGAUGCAGUCCUGUUGUUAUUUUUCCACUCCUUACUUAGACGCGUACUUAGAGCUCAGUGCCUCUGCAUGGUAGAGAUCAUGUCAUCGUCCUGCUUUUUUUUUUUUUUCUGAGCCGUGUUGUCCCCUGGUCUUAACGUGUGGAGGUGGCGCACAGUCUCCAGUCGAUGGGAGGAGCUGGUGUAGGCACCUAUCCAUCAUGAUGUGCAAUCC